AUGCGAUUCAACAAGAUCUUCGUGGCUCUGGCCAUGGUACUACCUGUGGUGUUCUCUGCCAGCAUUCCAUCCUCGGAGCAGUUCUGCGAGCCAGGCACUCGAAAGUGCGACUACAACGACGUGGUGAUCUGCAAUCCCCAAGGCACUGAAUACUGGUCGGAUCAGUCAUGUAGCAAGACCGAAAUCUGUACCAUUGACACCAACAACCCUGAUGAUCAUGGUCAUUGUAUCGCGACCUGCGACAUCCCCGGCGAAGAGCGCUGCCUCGGCAAUGAGUGGCGUGUCGCAUGCAACAACGAGCACCGAUGGAAAGCCAUUGAAUCAUGCCCUACACCCGGAGUAUGUAACACACUCAUGAACAAGACUUCCUGCGCCACUGCAGACUUGCCACCGGCGCCUCUCCCUCCUGGCACUCCACCGCAACCUGAGCCUUGCAAAACAGUGACCGAGACGCGAUGCUCAAACUGGUCAAACGGUCUUUACCGCAUCGAGAUGUGCAACUAUGAUCAAUUCUGGCUUGCCUAUGGGACCUGCGGAUCGGAAGAGUUUUGCAUGCACUGGGUGCCUGGUCAAUACGUCAGCCAAGGCGAAACAAAAUGCGUCUACGACCCUGAAAUCCUGUCCACUGCUCCUCCUCCCAAAUCCCUUGACUCUCGGUCGUGGAUAUCGCAAGGAACUCCAGAUGCUCAUGAGUAUUGCGACACUGGCACAUCCCGCUGCUCUGGCAACAAGCGUCAGGAGUGUGUCGACAGCGUCUGGAAAUCAACCAUGUGUCCCAAGACUUCCGAAUGCGUCAAGCAUGACGAUUUCGUGCAGUGCUGGAUGAAGCCACCGACUCCCGCGACCGUACCAGAGCCAUGCACGCCAGGCGAUCGAAAGUGCGACUCUGACGCGUACGCCCUCAUGCUUUGCGGAGACAACGAGAUGUGGCAUACCGAGAAGAAGUGCACCACUUACGGAGACUGCAUCACUGACGGCCCAGGGAAAGCGCACUGCGAGACUGGUGGUGUAGGUCCGUCGAAAAUGCAACGUCAAACCAACAGCACUGAAUGCGCCUACGGAGAUUGGGCCUGCGACAGCCAUCAUCGCUUCAUGUACAAAUGCAAUAGUAACGGUACCUGGUCGGCGCCGUACCAGUGCAGCAGGGCAGGUGGUUGCCAACCCGAGGGACCUACUUCCGCCUUCCCCAAGGGAAGAAUGACAUGCGCGGGUUUUCCGAAAUACUUGUACCCUUACCCGGACAACAGGGUCUGUGAGACGGUCAAGAGCUGCGAGUACAUGCAGUAUCUUUACCUUAUCGCUGGCUCACCUGAUGCCGAGACUAAGGAGAAGUUCCGCAAGAGCAUGUGCGCGGACGAGGCUGAGGAGUAG